UUGAAACAUUUCAUCUUCAAGCGUGGAGAAUCUAAAAGCUGACCCAGAAGUGUCCGUUCGAAGUGCUACCAAAAAGGACUGUUCAGUACUUCACAAACUGAUACAGGAUUUCAUGGAUUUUCUGAACGUCAAGGAAGAUCUAUUCCCGAUUGAAGAUCUAGAAAAAUUCGCGUUUUCCGAAGCAGACGAUUUCCUAACAACUAUCCAGAUAAGCAUUGCUGAACGGGGACAGACAGCAAUUGGCUACGCCAUGGCUUUUCCAAAUGUGGCAAUGAGAGAGCCAUGUGCAAGAAUGGACCUGGUGACAAAUACAUUGGACCCAUUGGCCAGAAAUUUGUACACUGGUCAAGGAGCAAUUAACUUGACCAAAGAAGAAGGUUGGCAUUGGUUCAAACUUCAAAGGCCGGAGAUUGAAAAGCUCUAUUCCGACUAAAUUGCACAUUCCUUACGUUGUGGAUCAAUUAAAGAGAAAUAUGAAGUCUCUGACAAAAACCGACCAUCAA